CGGGAUACCUGUUCAUCUCCAAAUUUCUCCUGACACCUAAGACCGAUAUCGUUCACCGCUGGACCACUCGCUGGGGCAAAUACAGCGAAGCAGCCAGAGGAUUGGCCAGGGAGGAAGCGGCCAAUUAAGUGGAUGCGUGGCCGCACAACUUGACAACUGGACAUAUACUCGGGCACCAAAAUGGGAGUCGAUUCCAGAACAGCACCCCCGUUACCCGCCCCGACCGAGACCGAAUCCCAGAUCACUACUACCGAUCUUACCGAACUUGCUGCAUCCGAUGUUUCCAAGGCUGCCGACGACGACAGAUCCCAUUAUUCCCUCCCAGACGACGGAACUCCCGUUACCAUUAAGACCCGUGGCCAUAGACCUAAUCGCUCCCAGACCUCUCUUCUAAUCGAGUACUUCGAAGGUGGGAAGAGCGGUGUUUCAGGCGCUUCCGGUUCUAGCGAGCGAAAACCUAGCGUUCGCGUCCGUCUAACUCCCUCUAAAACCCGUGGAAGAAACGACCAUAUUCAGAUUACCGAGACCAAGAGCAGCAGAAAGAGGUCUUCGUCCAGAAGGGCAGUCGCAAGCCCGAACGUUACUCGAAGUGAAUUGGACAUAAUGACGGACCCAGAGGACGCGAGGAGCAUGCACUCCUAUGCCUCCGCCACGGAGGAGUCCAACGUCUCCCGCAAUCCCAUCGAGGUCGAGAUUGACUCGAGAAGUCAUCAUCGCCGUCGAAAGGUAUCGAGCCCGCUAAUACCUGCUACCGACAGCAAGGCUUCGACCUAUCAACCACCCAACAUGUCCGACAUCUCGGCCAUUCCUACCGACAGUUUCUUAGAUGGUUCUGGUAAAGACUCUUUCGCGUUGAAUGAAAAGCGUGCCAAAAGUCCAGCUCCAGCUCCGCCGACUGAAAAGACACACCGUAAGGUCCGGAGCUCUAGUCAUGAUCGGAGCGUCAUGCAGAAGGCGGUUGAGAAGGCAAGCAAACCAGAGCGAAGACAUAAGUCGAAGAGUAGAACAGGUAGCUCUGGUGAUAAAGAAAAUGAGAAGCGCAGGUCAAAGGGGAGCCACAAGGAAUCCGUUGUCUCAGCCGCCGACACGAGCAUUCUCUCAUCGCAAUUAUCUCCCAGCCAUCGCUCGUAUGAUUCACAUUCUUCCUCUAAGGUAUCCAUAAAUAAUCCGAAGCUACUUGAGACCGUCGAGGACGCUAUCCGACGACUUAUCUUACCCGAACUGGAUGCCAUUAAGAGAGAACGAAGCCAACGAGAAUCUCGGAGAAGUAAAGAUCGAGAUUCCCUCUCGAGCCUCACAUCGGCGUCUCGCGAGGAGAUUUCCGGGACGAUUAAGAGGAAAUCUGCCGACACAACUCAGUCGACUAAAUCGAAAGACAAGCGAGAUAGAGAGGCUAGGAAUGACUUAUCACCUCAGAGCAGUAUUGAACAUGUCUCAGUUGUCACUGAAGGCGCGCAAGAUGAAGAUCUCACACCUCGUCGUGAUCGCGAUCGCGAAACGCUUACGGAUUCUGCUUUAGACUCUUCAGUCAGUGGUGCCGCAUUGCGAUCAAGAUCUAGGGGCGACGAAAAGAGACAACGUAGGAGAAGACGCGCAGAGACCCCGAAGCGUGACAAUGGUGAACGAUAUGGCGACGACUAUGACGGCGCUGAGCACGAGGUGGUGCCGCCUAUGCCUCUACAGAGUGAAAUCAACCCGUCCGAUAUGACACGAACCUCCAUAUUAUCGGCUGAGACGGAUAGGCCUCACUCUGCGAGCGAAGAGAUGACGCCAGUCCAAAGGGUCGCGAGAGGUGUCCCUUCGAUGGAGUCUCUCCAGAGAACUCCCUCUCCUUCACGAUCACCAAGUCACACGAUUCAAGGCUUAGGCGCUCAACACGCUAACGUAUCGCACGGCGACCUCAAGGCGCUUCCUCGUAAAGGGAACUCCGAAUACCGAGAAGAGUAUAGGACUGACGAGUUCGGAAAUCGUUAUCUGGACCAAGGUCGGGAUGAGUACGACGAUGACUACGACGAGGCUGGUCAUCUCUCUGAGCCAGGCAUGUACGAUGAUGAGCCAUCCAUGCAGUCUUUCUACGGGUCCCAAGAUGUGCCGGCCCCAUUGCGUUACGUUCCUUACCAGCAAGAAAGACGUGGACUAAGUCCAAUUCAGAGCGUGUCGGGUAUUACGGAGGGAGAAAGUGAUGUCCACGGCUACCGAGAUACGAGAACGAUACACACCGAAAGCGAGCUCUCGUCGCCAGAUAAAUCGCUUCUCAACCGCGACCUUCAGUCCCCAAGUUCUAUCCCCAGCAAUUUGCGAAGUCGUGAGUUUGCCGAUGAGGCUAGCAGCGUGAGAAGCUCCGGUGUGGAUUAUAGAAAUACCCAAUACACCGAUGAUAGCGAGUUGGAUCACGUAACUUCGGGACAAGCAGUGCAUGUUGUUGGGGGAAAUCCCGAGAUGGUGCACCAGAGUUUUGCACCGGAAUCCGCUGUGGCUUCGCUGGUCGAGGGAUCACAGCUUGAUCCUUCUGUCUUGAGUGGCUCUACGGGAGUCAGGCCGGAUUACCGCGACUCACAAUUCACCUACGGUGACGAUUCAAGAGGAGUAAGCCCUGCAAAGCGCUCGGUGGAGAGUCGUCACGAUGCGGGCGAACGACAACAGAACCAAUCACCAGCACCAUCAAGGGAGCGAGACCCAUCAACGGCUUCUAGAGAAUUCUCGGAAUAUGAACUCGACGAAUUCGGCCGAAAGGUUCCUCGAUCGAACUACCGCAACUCUCCCACUGUUUCCGAGAGCGCCAUCACGAGCGUUGCUUUGCAACGAGCAGCGCAGGCCGCCCUCAAGCGAAAGGCUGUGGGCUCCGGUCCGACUCCGAAUACCGAAGCGAAUGAUAGUGAAUUUGUUGGUGAAGGUGUUUCACGAAAUCGUUCGUUCAAAGAGCGAGCCACUAAGGAUGGCUAUCGACCGGACGCUACUCCGCGUCAUAGCGUCGAUCGCCUUUCGGAUUACGACCAGCCAAGGUUGGGGGCUAGUGGCCUCCCAGAUUUGGAUAACCCUAUGCCAGAGAUAGGAUAUGGUUAUGACGAGCGAACUCCUUCAGUUGUACAAGGACCACUAGGCGGAUCGCAGCACGGGGACAGAGACCACUGGCCGAGAGAACAAACGCCAACCUACGAAAGGUCGUAUUCUUACGAUCGCGCCGUGACACCUAAGGCCAGCAGACAAGAUAACGGCCAUGGACUUGGCAUCUCCGAUGCGGCUACCGCAGCUACUCUUGCAACCGCGGGAGCUAUGGUGACAUCUCAUAGUCGACAACCUAGCCAGGAGCAAGAUGACGAGUGGCAGAGAACUUCCGGAGACCGUAAGCGAGACACUUUAGUCACAAACCCCUACGAGGGAGCCAGUCCGAUAGCCAACCUUCCUGGUGUAGAUGGAAACAUGUUGGGCGGGACUGGCUUUGGAGCAGAUGCUUACAGAGGUGGCUUCCACACUGGCAGCCCCGGAAUCACGGGAGGCGAUGAAGGCUAUAUAUCUGCGGCACCGAAUGAGGUGCGCGAUCGACCUGAUGUCAAGGGCAAGGAGGUUCCGAUGCACAGCCAACCUAAUGUGAGAGAUUCCGAGGACCCGUUCUACGCGCCGAAGGAUCCGAGACAUCUUACCGGUCUUUCCCAAGCAAUGGGAACGCCUCUAUAUGAUCCCGCCACUGGAACCGGAAUUGACAGGAUCCAGUCAAAGGAUAUCAUCGCACUGAUGGAACAUCUUAUGGUCCGGGACGCACAACGAAGUGCUAGAGACACCGAAAUCCUCGUGACCCUUGUUCGCUCCGCGGCCGAUAUGCGCAACUCUUUCGAAGACAUCAAGAGGAUGCUGGCGGACAGCGAAGACCAAAUCAUCACCGAAGUGAGGGAUAACACGGAGAAGACAGUCAAGCGUCACCUUGGUGGACCUCGGCCAUUCCCCGGCAGCAGUGCACGAUCCAUCCAAGGAGGCUCCCAAGCCGGCACCGAAGACGCUAACGUGAAGAAGCGUAACUUCCUUCGACGGGCACUCCAAGGCCUCAGCUCCAAGGGCGCCAACGAUCUUACUCGAAUUGAGGACUUGCUCAAUCAGCUCCUCGAUGAUGUCAACGAUCUCAAACACCAGACCGGCGGACCGGUUGGCCUCAUGAGCACGCGAGCUCAAUCCAUUGAGAAUAUCCAACCCGAGGUCCAGUACGAGCAAGACCGUGGUUAUGAGCCUGAAGGCCAUGCCGGAACGUCAACUGCUAGCCACGCCAGCCAGUCAGGACACCUGUCAAUACCCCAAUCCCGUGGAACAUCUAACAGGUUGGGCAACGAGCGAAAAUUUUCGGAUCAUCGCAUCAGCACCGUGCCGGAAGAUGAUGGCGAAUAUAACGACCAUUCCGGACCGCCGCCAAGCCAAUAUGAGAUGCACGGAGGAAUGCUUUCUCCCAGCGAGGACCGACCAAGAGGCGGAUCAGUGCCUCUAGGCACACCGCCCCAAAAUUCGCCGCAGACGCAGCACUAUUCGGUUAGCAAUGAAAACACUCCUCGGACUGAAGAGAGCAAGAAACAUAAGUCGCGAGGCUCGUCUAGUUUCUUCCCGAAAAUUUCGCGCUGGUCUGAGACGACGACAUCGAGCUUAGGAAAAGUUUUCCGAAGCAGUGGUGCCUCCAAGAAGCAUGACCCGCCUGAGGAUUUCCUACAACAUGCUCCUCCUUCUCGGUCGGCCUCGGACAUAGGGAACUAUGAACAGUUCCAGCACCAGGACGUGUACGAAUCUGAUAAGCUGCAUUCUGGCUUUUCGGAACAUGAUCUGCGCCCGGCAACCAUGGACUCCAACCUGCCUAGCAUGACUGCCCCGCAACAACAAACCCAGCAGACCCCUAUGCAACAGCCCGCUGCACCCAUCCCGUACUCCACCCCGGAAGAUCCCAAAUACAGGGCUCAUCGCAACUCGCUUAACUUGCAGCACCCUCAGCCGCGGCCAGGACGUAUGGAACGUUUUGGGACAGCACUGGAGUCCUCGGCGCAGGACUACGACACGCCUAUGUCCCCGAGAUCAGCUGACUGGGCUGGCUCCGCCACCUCAUUAAACAGAUUUCCUCCCCAGAACACCAACCGCUAUAGUGAUAACAGCGCUAUGAACUCGGGCCACGGAGGAGACGACUACCACUGGCAAGGAAUAACAUCUCCUAGCCCACAGGGCCCACCACGUCCUCCCAAGGAGCCGCUUGAUGGUGCUUCACCUGCAUUCACGCAGACACCCCCUCAGCACGACCGAGUGAACAAGCUUCAGAAGAAGAAUGGCAGUCCAUUGCCAUACCAAAGCGUCGAGAGUGGCUACGGUACUGCUACUGCCACCCACGCCGGAAGUUACCACUCCAAUAGUCCUAAACCAGAGAACAGGAAUCUGAGCGCCGCCCUAGGGGUUCCAACCCGCAGACCUAGCGGGCCCAGAGCGAUGACUCCUAGCCGAGGUAGCGAAGAUGGAGAGGAGAGACGACGAAAGCGAGACACGUUCGGCACGGUAGCUAGCCCUUCGAGCGCUAUUAGCCAAGAGUCUGAGACGUUUUAGGGAAACGCUCGACAUCUUGACGUUCUGAUGCCCCAGUCUCCAUUUCACGUUGAUUUCAAAAAUUAGAGGGACGAAUGAACGACUUCACGGUUGACAUCAAGCGGCUGCUGGGUAGCCGUGCCUUAGAUAUAAUAAUUGCCCUUGUAGGCGUUUGGACCUAGGUAGUACAUCAUGGCUUCUUCCCCUGGAAGGGCACGAGAGGACAAAAGGAAUGGACAUUCGCGUUGUUUUCGGAGAGCUUGAUAUAAAGCACGGCAUGGCAUCUCAUGGUGGGUUGUGGUCAGCUUGGCGAUAAGAUGAUUUAAUCGAUUGACUGAACUGGGUUGUUGUGUUGCGCGAGAUACCAGAAUAUUUGAUUGAUAUCCCUGAUUGAUAUCCCGAAUCGAAUCCCCUUUUCAUGACGACUUACGAAUGACUUGCGAGGAUGGGUUGAGGCCGGGUUGAGUUAAUACAAAUGAAGAUUAGUUGUCGAUGGUCAUGAUAAAUUCGAUGAUGAUUUGUGAUAUGAUA